AUGCAAAAAACUCGCAGCAACUCAAACCCAUCGGGAUUCUACAAUUUGCACGGAGUCUCUGUGCUCUGGCAUGGCUGGCUUAAGCGGCUUGGAAGAUUCAGUAAACGCUGGCGACGGCGCUACUUUAUUUUUGUGUCUACAUCCAACGGUACAAAGGAGCUGCGCCAUUACGAUACGUUCAAGGACGUCAAUACGCUGCUCAUGUCCACACCCAAGGGUGUCAUCUCAAUGACAGACGCUACAGGCAUCUGCUGUUUUACAUCAGCAGCUACGGCUGGCAAGAAGCUGAUAAAAUUUAAUCGUUCUGAUACUACCGACUCAAGACCAGGCGCAUACGACCAAAAAUUUGCUGUUUUGACGCCACUUCACGUGAAUUUGUUAGCAUUUCACAAUGGCCGUGAAUGGAAUGGAUCAAGUGAAUCUCAGCAAGGAUUGUCGCUGCUAGCGUCUCUCUCUGCGUUUUAUCCAGCGGUUGAUGUUCUUCAUUCCGGAUGGAUGACGAAGCGACGAGAGCGCAAUGUGCACAGCCCAAAGAGCAUAAUGACAUAUUGGAAGCGGCAUUUCUUCAUGUUCUUGACAUCUGGUGACUUGUUGUACUUUCGAGAUGAUACAUUAAGUGAAUUGCAAGGCCGUGUCGACGUUCGACAUGCUCCGACAGUACGCGUGACGGGAGAGCAGCUUAUAGAAGAGAGAAAGAAAGAUGGUGGCAUGUUUAAGUUUGGUAAGAUGCCAGCAUUUGAACGCGAGACGUGUCUUAUUUGGAUUGCCACUCCUCCAUCCAAGAUGUUUGUCUUGAAACUGGAGGAUGAUCAUGAAGAUUCAGGUAGUAGUCCUGGCAUUAGUGGGAAAGCAGGUCUUGGAUCUUCAGGUGUGGGAAUGACGUCAAGAAAAGCCGAGCUAACUCCAAGCUCUAAAAAAUGGCUUCAUUUACUUUUACAAGGACAUGCAGAAACAAAGUAUACACAGCUCGAAAAGUGCAUUGCGACAGGCAAAUAUGGCCUAACGACAGAGAUUAUAUCUGCCGUACGAGCAGGAAUUCCGGACGAAUUGCGUGGACAACUCUGGAACGGAUUUUCUGGUGCUCUCGAGCUUCAACGUCGUGUAGAGCUCAAACACGCGAUUCGUAGUGCGUCGAAAAAUCCGAACGCUUUCCGCGUGCCUCUUCGUGAAAGUUCUGCCAUAAACAAUUCUAGAUCUUCUGCUUCAUCGAAUUAUGCUAUUUAUGAAAUGUGUUCGGCUGCCAUUGACGCAGCGAUGAUUGAAUUGCCAGAAAACGAAAUGCUUUUCACACGAUUGUGCGCAUUAGCGCUUCACGAAAGUUGUAACGAGCUAAUGACCUUACGUUCGAGCGAUUUUCAACCUUUAUCAGAUCGCUUUCGCCACGCUGCGUCGUUCGUGUCCGAUCAAUACAGUGAAGACCGUGGAUCGUUCUUUGAUUUUGAGCGCGACUCGAUAGACGAUGACGUAGGAGAGGUCGAGGAGCUGAAAAAUGGCAACAGUCCUUUGAGUGAUCCUCCAUCUGCUCGAAAUACGCUCAAGCAGCUUGAGAAGGGUAAAAUGGGAAAUUACGUCUAUCCAAGUGAUUAUCCAGCUGCAGAUUGGGAGCUGACAUCACGGCGUCGGUUGUUAAUUGCUAGCUCACGUUACAAUCCGUACUCGCAUCCAUUUCCCUGGCGAGUAUCUUGUUUACUGCUGGCAUACGUCGAAGAAGAAGGCGCAUUCUGGAUGAUUAACAGCAUUAUCGAAUCACUUCUUCCGGGAUACUUUCACGGCCACCGACCAGCUUUACAAGUUGAUGUGGCAGCAUUUACUGCACUAUUAGAAGAUCGCCUGCCGACUCUUUCCGCUCACUUGGCAACUUUGAAGUUUCCUCUUGGUCGGCUGGUCGAACGAUGGUUUUUAAGCCUUUUUACCGCAUCGCUUGUCCCGCUUCCGACGGUGCUGCGGAUAUGGGACGCGUUCUUUAUUCGUGGCGUACUAGUGUUUUACGGAGUCGGGAUUGCGUUACUAUUUCGAGCGGAAGAAACCCUCUAUCAUGCCAAAUCCGCUACUGAAGUCGAGGAAUACCUGAGAGCUAGCGAACGAAGCUGUAUAGAUGCUGAUGCAGUCUUCUCCGUUGUUUUUAAGGAUGAUCUUACUAUUCCUUGGCUAACGGAUGAGCAAUUGGAAAAAUUGAGGUCAAUACAGCGUCAACGCAUGAUUGAGCAGAUAUCGCAUAAAGUGGGGCAUUUCAAAGACAAGCUGAGCGUUCUUAAGCUCGCACAAGACUUUGAUUUGCGCUGCCAAGCAGUUGCGAGAAAGUUUAUAAGUGACGGUGAAGGCAUAGUGACGACCGUGCCGCUUGACUCGGUUUGUCCGACAGCAAACGAAGAAAAAUACGACCUCUUCGGACUGGAUGACGAUCUGAAGAUCCUUCACAAUGAAUCGGACUGUGACACGCUCGAAAAUUCUUUCCAAACUACUUUGCGCCUGCUGCUUGAACAAGUGAGCGAGUUGUCUACUGCGGCGCGAGCACUCGCAGCCGAGCUGGGUCAGCGACAAGCAAAGUGGUUGGCUGCAUCUAGCCAACUCGCAGCAUGCCCGCUGGCUCGACUACCAACACCUGAAUCCCACAGUUGGCUUUCUCAGGUUAAAGAAGGCAAAAUUUCCGGUGCAGGACAAGAUAUGUUCGUAGAAUUUACUUCUAGUAGUAGUAAAGUUCCAUUGGCUUUUCGCGUUAUCGAAGCCUCCGGCAUGAUGUUUGACAACAGUGAGACCCGAAUUACUCACAAAGAAGCUGCAGAUAGUGAAAGGUAUGGCCAGAUUGCUGAUCAACGGAGCUGCUUGUUGACGGAGAGGGAUGAUCUUGAGCUCUCUGAUCAUAAUCUCGCAAAUAUGUUUCUGUAUACGUUAGUGUCAUCGCUUAAGGCACUAGGUGCUGUUCGGCUGGACUGUCUUGGCGUGACCUAUCGGUUGAAAUGGCAUAGUGGGUCAUGGCUAGAAUCUGCGGUCGAAUAUCCUUCCAUCUCUACGUUUGAGGGAAGAGAGGAGACAACGAGAACAAUUAGCAGCACAUCAAAUUCGCGGCGAUCAGUCAGAUCGACUAGUAUGUCUCAGUCUUCAAAUCCCGCAAACUCGUCAAAUCGACGUCCACGUGCGAUGGAUGACUCGGCCUUGUUUGGCCGCAAACGUGGAAAUUCUGGUGCAACAAUACACAAACGAGGGGGGCCCACAAAUAAUUACUAUUCAAACAAGUCACCAACCCAACUACGACCGACUUUAUCGUCCGGCGAUUUCUUCGUGUCUGAACAUACGACUGGCGGUGUAGGUACCAACUUGUACAACGACCCAAUUAUUGAAGAUCAGCCUGCUCCGUCGUCGCCCGCAUGUAUCCAGCAUUCUGCAAAGACAGGCGAGGGUUAUCCCUUUAUGCCGCCGUCGCCACCUCCACAAGACUGCACUGAGUUUAACUUUACUCGCAGUCCUUGUCUCCGCGAAGCAUCUUCAGCAUCAAACAAAGCUUUUUUGACAGCACUUCGCAUGCAACAUGAAGAAGGUGAACGAGAGUUUCGAGAGUCUCAUAAACGACUCCUGAAUGGACUUAACAAAUUUGUGCGGCUCGAGUAUCGCGACUACGACUGGGCACUGCGUGAGCGUGCUUUAACCAUGGAACGCGAGCUGCAACAGGAAUUUCAAGAAAUCGAAGCCGAAGUCUGUGGAGCCAGGUGGCUUCACUAG